AUGGACUUCAGUUUACUUAUAGACUUCAAUUUACUCAUAGACUUCAGUUUACUCAUAGACUUCAGUUUACUUAUAGACUUCAGUUUACUCAUAGACUUCAGUUUACUCAUAGACUUCAGUUUACUCAUAGACUUCAGUUUACUCAUAGACUUCGGUUUACUUAUAGACUUCAGUUUACUCAUAGACUUCAGUUUACUCAUAGACUUCGGUUUACUUAUAGACUUCAGUUUACUCAUAGACUUCAGUUUACUCAUAGACUUCAGUUUACUCAUAGACUUCAAUUUACUCAUAGACUUCGGUUUACUUAUAGACUUCAGUUUACUCAUAGACUUCAGUUUACUCAUAGACUUCAGUUUACUCAUAGACUUCAGUUUAAUCAUAGACUUCAGUUUACUUAUAGACUUCAGUUUACUCAUAGACUUCAGUUUACUUAUAGACUUCAGUUUACUUUCAGACUUCUAUUUACUCAUAGACUUCAGUUUACUCAUAGACUUCAGUUUACUUAAAGGCUUCAGUUUACUUAAAGUCUUCAGUUUACUUAUAGUCUUCAGUUUACUUAUAGACUUCAGUUUACUUAUAGACUUCAGUUUACUUAUAGACUUCAGUUUUCUUUCAGACAUCAAUUUACUCAUAGACUUCAGUUUACUUAUAGACUUCAGUUUACUCAUAGACUUCAGUUUACUUUCAGACUUCAAUUUACUCAUAGACUUCAGUUUACUCAUAGACUUCAGUUUACUUAUAGACUUCAGUUUACUUUCAGAAUUCAAUUUACUCAUAGACUUCAAUUUACUCAUAGACUUCAGUUUACUUAUUGACUUUAGUUUACUCAUAGACUUCAGUUUACUUAUAGACUUCAGUUUACUUAUAGGCUUCAGUUUACUUAUAGACUUCAGUUUACUUAUAGACUUCAGUUUACUUUCAGACUUCAGUUUACUCAUAGACUUCAGUUUACAUAUAGACUUCAAUUUACUCAUAGACUUCAGUUUACUCAUGGACUUCAGUUUACUUAUAGACUUCAGUUUACUUAUAGGCUUCGGUUUACUCAUAGACUUCAGUUUACUCAUAGACUUCAGUUUACAUAUAGACUUCAAUUUACUCAUAGACUUCAGUUUACUCAUAGACUUCAGUUUACUUAUAGACUUCAGUUUACUUAAAGUCUUCAGUUUACUUAUAGACUUCAGUUUACUUUCAGACUUCAAUUUACUCAGUUUACUUAUAGACUUCGGUUAA